UAGACGGCGAACAAAAGCCGAGCCCUGCGGCCCAGGUGGCUCCUCAGUAGGAGCUCGCCCGGUCCCGCCCGGCAGGCCUCGCACCUGCGCACCCUCCUGCCCCGCGGCCUUCUUCGCCGCGAAGCCGACGAACGCGGAGGCCGGGGCACGGCGGGCCCGGCCCAGCCCUUCCGACAGGCGGGCGCCGGGAUCGGGGACCCGCAGUCGCCUCCAUCUUGACCGGCGGAGCGGGAGUGGCGUCCGGGCCGGACCCCGUCGCGUCGGCUGGGCCCAGGACCAGGAGUUGAAUUCAUCCUUACCUGGUGCAUCUUUGGCUGAGCGUGAGGAGGACAACACCCCGAUUGGUCUUUGGCAUGGACACAGGUUCAGCAGGAGGAUUGGAAGUGACUGAUCAGACUCCUGUUCUGUUGGGGAGGACGGCCAUGGCAGCUAGUCUCACGGAUGUAGGAAAUUCGUUUAGUGGGCCACCUAAUCCUUUAGUGAAUAGAUCUAAUAAAUUUCAGAGCUCAUCAGUGGAAGACGAUGAUGAUGUUGUGUUUAUUGAACCAGUACAACCACCUCCUCCUUGUGCACCAGUGGUGGCUGAUCAAAGAACCAUAACAUUUACAUCAUCAAAAAAUGAAGAGCUGCCAGGAAAUGAUUCCAAAAUUCUUCCUUCCUCAAAAGAAUUGGCUUCUCAGAAGGGGAGUGUAAGUGAGACGAUUGUCAUUGAUGAUGAGGAGGAUAUGGAAACAAAUCAAGGGCAAGAGAAAAAUUCCUCCAAUUUUAUUGAACGGAGACCAUCUGAGUCUAAAAACAGAACCAAUGAUGUGGAUUUCUCCCCUUCCAGUUUUUCAAGAAGUAAGGUAAAUGCAGGAAUGGGUAAUAGUGGUAUCACCACAGAACCAGACUCUGAGAUUCAGAUCGCUAACGUUACGACCUUAGAAACAGGCGUCGGCUCUGUGAGUGAUGGCCAGUUAGAACACACUGACGGGAGAGACAUGAACCUGAUGAUCACACACGUAACAUCCCUGCAGAAUGCCAGCUUGGGAGAUGUCUCUAAUGGACUGCAGUCAAGUAAUUUUGGUGUUAAUAUGCAAACAUACACCCCGUCUUUAACUUCACAGACCAAGACUGCAGUAGGACCUUUCAAUCCUGGUAGAAUGAAUGUGGCAGGAGACGCAUUUCAGAACGGAGAGUCUGCAGCUCAUCACAACCCUGAUUCUUGGAUCUCCCAGUCAGCAUCCUUUCCCCGUAAUCAGAAACAGCCAGGGGUGGAUUCUUUAUCACCAGUGGCCUCGCUUCCUAAACAGAUUUUCCAGCCUUCUGCCCAACAGCAACCCACUAAACCAGUUAAAGUCACUUGUGCAAACUGCAAAAAACCUCUGCAGAAGGGACAGACAGCUUAUCAGCGAAAAGGAUCAGCUCACCUCUUCUGUUCUACCACCUGCCUUUCUUCCUUCUCUCACAAGCCUGCUCCAAAGAAACUUUGUGUUAUGUGUAAAAAAGAUAUAACUACAAUGAAAGGAACCAUUGUUGCUCAAGUGGACUCAAGUGAAUCCUUCCAGGAGUUCUGUAGCACAUCUUGUCUGUCUCUCUAUGAAGACAAACAGAAUCCUACUAAAGGAGCUCUGAAUAAAUCAAGAUGUACAAUUUGUGGUAAACUAACAGAGAUUCGCCAUGAAGUUAGCUUUAAAAACAUGACUCAUAAGCUGUGCAGUGACCAUUGCUUUAACAGAUACAGGAUGGCUAAUGGCCUUAUAAUGAACUGCUGUGAGCAGUGCGGCGAGUACCUGCCCAGCAAAGGAGCUGGGAACAAUGUCCUGGUCGUUGAUGGUCAGCAGAAGAGGUUUUGCUGUCAGAGUUGUGUCAGUGAAUACAAGCAGGUAGGUAGCCAUCCAGGCUUCCUGAAGGAGGUUCGAGAUCACACACCAGACUCUUUCCUCACGCAGCCUGAGAAAUAUGGAAAACUGACCACUUGUACUGGUUGCCGAACACAGUGCAGGUUUUUUGAUAUGACUCAGUGUAUAGGUCCUAAUGGGUAUAUGGAGCCAUAUUGUUCAACUGCUUGCAUGAACAGUCACAAGACAAAAUAUGCAAAAUCACAAAGUUUGGGAAUUAUUUGCCAUUUUUGUAAGCGGAACUCUUUACCUCAGUAUCAAGCCACAAUGCCUGAUGGAAAGUUGUAUAACUUUUGCAAUUCCAGUUGUGUGGCUAAAUUCCAGGCUCUCAGCAUGCAGUCGUCUCCCAACGGCCAGUUUGUAGCACCAAGUGAUAUUCAAUUGAAGUGCAACUAUUGCAAAAACUCUUUCUGUUCAAAGCCAGAAAUCUUGGAAUGGGAGAACAAAGUUCAUCAAUUCUGCAGCAAAACUUGUUCAGAUGACUAUAAGAAGCUGCAUUGCAUAGUUACAUAUUGCGAAUACUGUCAAGAGGAGAAGACUCUUCAUGAAACAGUAAAUUUCUCUGGCGUUAAGAGACCUUUCUGUAGUGAAGGCUGCAAACUGUUGUACAAACAGGACUUUGCAAGGCGUUUAGGACUGAGGUGCGUGACUUGCAAUUACUGCUCUCAGCUGUGUAAGAAGGGGGCGACAAGGGAGCUGGAUGGUGUGGUGAGGGACUUCUGCAGCGAGGAGUGCUGCCGCCGCUUCCAGGACUGGUACUACAAGGCUGCCAGGUGUGACUGCUGUAAGUCUCAAGGAGCCCUUCGGGAGAGGGUGCAGUGGCGUGGCGAGAUGAAGCACUUCUGUGACCAGCACUGCCUGUUACGCUUCUACUGCCAGCAGAGCGAGCCCAACAUGACGACCCAGAGGGGACCUGAGAACUUACACUACGAUCAGGGUUGUCAGACGUCCCGAACCAAAAUGACAGGUUCAGCACCACCCCCUUCUCCAACCCCCAACAAGGAGAUGAAGAACAAGGCAGUUCUGUGCAAACCUUUGACUAUGACCAAGGCGACCUACUGCAAACCCCACAUGCAGAGCAAGUCCUGUCAGACAGAUGGCGACUGGAGGACGGAGUACGUGCCUGUGCCCAUCCCUGUGCCCGUGUACGUCCCAGUGCCCAUGCACAUGUACAGCCAGAGCAUCCCUGUGCCCACCACCGUGCCUGUGCCCGUGCCAGUCCCUGUGUUUCUCCCUGCCCCCCUGGACAGUGGUGAGAAGACUGCUGUGCCCGAAGAGCUGAAAAGCACAGGUUCUUCAGAUGCCCUGGGCACAGAGCUGCUGACCAUGACGGACAUGACUGAGGACGAGGGGAAGGCGGAAGGCGCCGACCUCCACAGUGAGCUCCCCACUGCCCAGGAUGUCAUUAUUGAAACGGACAUAAUUGGUUCUGACCUCUUGAAGAGUGCUGAGCCGGAGACCCAGUCCAGCAUGCCCGAUGUGCCAUAUGAGCCAGACUUGGAUAUUGAAAUAGACUUUCCCAGAGCUGCUGAGGAGCUUGACAUGGAAAAUGAGUUUUUAUUACCACCCGUUUUUGGAGAAGAAUAUGAGGAACAGCCUAGACCUCGAUCUAAAAAAAAGGGCACCAAGAGGAAGGCGGUGUCAGGGUACCAGUCUCACGAUGACAGCUCUGACAAUUCCGAGUGCAGCUUCCCUUUCAAGUACGCGUAUGGGGUCAAUGCUUGGAGACACUGGGUCCGGACGAGGCGGCUCGAGGAAGACCUUCUGGUGUUAGACGGGCUGACACCUCCUAAGUCAGUGAAGUUGAAAGAGGAUCUGCUCUCUCACACCACGGCUGAGCUGGACUACGGCCUGGCCCACUUUGUCAAUGAGAUCCGAAGGCCCAAUGGGGAGAGCUACGCACCCGAUAGCAUCUACUAUCUCUGCCUUGGAAUUCAGGAGUACUUGUGUGGUAGUAAUCGAAAAGACAACAUAUUUAUUGAUCCAGGAUACCAGACAUUUGAGCAAGAAUUGAAUAAGAUACUCCGAAGUUGGCAACCAAGCAUACUUCCAGACGGGUCAAUAUUUUCUCGAGUUGAAGAAGAUUAUCUCUGGAGGAUAAAACAGCUAGGAUCACACUCUCCAGUAGCUCUUCUGAACACCCUGUUCUACUUUAACACUAAGUAUUUUGGCCUGAAAACAGUGGAACAGCACUUACGGCUUUCCUUUGGCACUGUGUUUAGGCACUGGAAAAAAAACCCUUUAACCAUGGAAAAUAAAGCCUGUCUUCGGUACCAAGUGUCUUCCUUGUGCGGAACAGAUAGUGAAGAUAAAAUUACUACUGGAAAAAGAAAACAUGAAGAUGAUGAGCCAGUAUUUGAACAAAUUGAAAAUACAGCCAAUCCUUCUAGAUGUCCUGUGAAAAUGUUUGAAUGCUACUUGUCUAAGAGUCCGCAGAAUCUUAAUCAGAGAAUGGAUGUUUUUUAUUUGCAACCAGAAUGCUCUAGCUCUGCAGACAGCUCUGUCUGGUACACAUCCGCCUCACUGGACCGAAACACCUUGGAAAACAUGCUUGUACGGGUUCUUUUAGUAAAAGAUAUUUAUGAUAAAGACAAUUACGAACUGGAUGAAGACACAGACUAAAAAAAGGAAGGAUUCAGAAGCAGUCAGGAUAACAGCAUUAGGCAGUCAUGCUGCUAGAUCUUCAUUAUGGAAACAUUUCAGGUUUACUCCUCCUGUUCUGGGUUUUGUAGCAGUGCACCCACACCGGGUACUACCAUGUAAAUAAUCUGUGAGUGAAGUUGCCAUUAUUCUAUGUAGUGGUUUUAGGAUACUUACAAAUACAUUCAAAUUCUUUUUUUUUUAUUAUUAUUUAUUUGAUUAGGUAUGUUUGUAACUUUUUACAUUACAAAAUAUGAAUGAGAAUGUGCCAUGUAUAAUUUUUUCUUGUAGUAAGAAACAUCCAUAUUGCACCACUCUGCUGUUGCAAAGCUUCCUGGAAAGGGGGCUCUUCUGCUGGGUUUCUGACCAGAUGGUUGUGUGUGGGGAGCACCUACUAAAAGUUUAGAACUUGCAGUGUCUUUCAGAAUUUUUAAAAUAAACUGUAAACUAAUGGG